AUGGCCACUGUUGAGGUUGCACAACAAACUCCAACAACUGUGACAGAGAAUGAAACAAUCGAGGUAACCAAGACCGAGGAAACAACCCCAGAACAACCGACCACUAAAGUUCUUGCCUCAGAACCAGCCACCGAGGUUCCUGCCUCAGAAGCAGCCAGCGAAGAAACAAAGGAAGAAACCACCGAAGAAGCAAAAGAGGCAAAGACAGAAGCAGAAGCAGAAACCCCAGUUGUUCCAAAAACAGAAGUUGAGACUAAUGAGGCAACAGAAGUGCCAGAGGAAGUGAAGGGUGAGGUAGAGGUAGAGAAGUCAGCAGCAGAGAAAACGGAAGAAGAAGAAGAAGAAGAAGAAGAAGAAGAAGAAGUGAAAGAGGAGAGUAAUGAAACCGAAUCAGCAGCAGUGGAGGAAGAGAAGAAAGAGGAGAAGAAAGGAGGUGAGACAGUAGAGGAAGGCAACGCAGAAAAAGAAGUUUCUGUUGAGAAGAGUGAAGCAUAA